CAUACCGACACAACACUCACACGCACUGUAAAACAAGAUAUUCCGGUGUCCUGCAGUAUGUCCAUAUAACCAUAGAGGAAGGACAGAGAAAUAACCUACAGGCGAAAUUUACCUUGCUGGUGAUUUCGAGACUUCCUAAACAGAGCAAAUAUGGGUUGUGUUGAGAGCUCAACUGAACCUCCUAAACAGCAAACCAGGGCCUCGGUCAAGCAGCCAGUCCGAAAUGGUUCAAAUCAGAGGAGGCAACAACAGAACACGGGCGCACCGCAGCAUGGGUCCCGGGUACAGAACGGCUCCGCAGUCCCCAAGAAAGUCACCAUGGACAUCGGUAUACAAACUGAAGGUGGUGGCUUCAUUCUAAGGCGACUGAGCAGUAGGAUAAAGCAGAAGAGAUCGACUAGGGAGCAGCGAGUUGCUGACCCACCGGUAGAUGAAGCUCUGCUCUUUGAUAUGCACCGUACGGUGGCCCUCAACCAUUCCCAUGUCUCCCUGUACAUUGAGCAAGCUUUAACCCUUCAAGAGAAACCAGGCGGAUUGGUCCGUAGAGGAUCCAGCAGGAGCAGGAAAGUAACACCUGGGAAAGUGGUAGCGACUAAGAGCUCUCGAGACGAGGGGAAUUCCGUCGAUGCAGGGCCUUUGUCAAAGAAAGAUAUUCGGUUGGUCCAGGAUUGCUGGAAACACGUGCAAAGAGAUUUGGCUUCCUUCGGCGUGAGACUGUUUGUCAGGCUCCUUGAUAAAAAUCCAUCCAUCGCUAAGUUGUUUCCGUUUGGCAAGCUGAACCUCACCCCGAAGCAACUGCAGAAUAAUCCGGACCUGAAAGCCCACGGUCUGAGGGUGAUGGAGACCAUUGGGACCGCCGUGGAGGGUCUGCAGGAUCUCGAACUCAUCGUUGCCAUCUUGAUGGACCUCGGUGAACGUCACUCGAUGUACGGCGCGAAACCAGAACACUUUUCGGCACUUUCUGAGGCGUUCAUGUACUCCCUCCGGAACGGACUAGCGCCGAAUGUAUUCAAUUCAGAAGUACAUGGCGCCUUCGGAAACACCCUGACGGUCAUUGAAGAAACUAUGUCCAGUAAAAUGGGUACCGACGGUGAAGGGCCUUUGUCUAAGAAGGAUAUUCGAUUAGUCCAGGAUUGCUGGAAACAUGUGAACAAAAAUUUGGCUUCCUUCGGCGUGGGGCUGUUUGUCAGACUCCUGGAUAAAAAUCCGUCCAUCGCUAAAUUGUUUCCGUUUGGCAAGCUGAACCUCACCUCGAAGCAACUGCAGAAUAAUCCGGACCUGAAAGCUCAUGGUCUGAGGGUGAUGGAGACCAUUGGGACCACCGUGGAGGGUCUGCAAGAUCUUGAACUCAUCGUUGCCAUCUUGAUGGACCUCGGUGAACGUCACUCGAUGUACGGUGCGAAACCAGAACACUUUUCGGCUCUUUCUGAGGCGUUCAUGUACUCCCUCCGGAACGGACUAGCGCCGAAUGUAUUCAAUUCAGAAGUACAGGGUGCCUUCGGACACACCCUGACGGUCAUUCAAGAAACUAUGUCCAGUAAAAUGGGGAAAUCCGUCGAUGAAGGGCCUUUGUCAAAGAAGGAUAUUCGGUUGGUCCAGGAUUGCUGGAAACAUGUGCAAACAAAUUUGGCUUCCUUUGGCGUGAGACUUUUUGUCAGGCUCCUCGAUAAAAAUCCAUCCAUCGCUAAGUUGUUUCCGUUUGGCAAGCUGAACCUCACCCCGAAGCAACUGCAGAAUAAUCCGGACCUGAAAGCCCAUGGUCUGAGGGUGAUGGAGACCAUUGGGACCGCCGUGGAGGGUCUUCAGGAUCUUGAACCCAUCGUUGCCAUCUUGAUGGACCUCGGUGAUCGUCACUCGAUGUACGGCGCGAAACCAGAACACUUUUCGGCACUUUCUGAGGCGUUCAUGUACUCCCUCCGUGACGGACUAGCGCCGAAUGUAUUCAAUUCAGAAGUACAGGGCGCCUUUGGACACACCCUGACGGUCAUUCAAGAAACUAUGUCCAGUAAAAUGGGGAAAUCCGUCGAUGAAGGGCCUUUGUCAAAGAAAGAUGUUCGGUUGGUCCAGGAUUGCUGGAAACAUGUGCAAACACAUUUGGCUUCCUUCGGUGUAGGGCUGUUUGUCAGACUCCUGGAUAAAAAUCCAUCCAUCGCUAAGUUGUUUCCGUUUGGCAAGCUGAACCUCACCCCGAAGCAACUGCAGAAUAAUCCGGACCUGAAAGCCCACGGUCUGAGGGUGAUGGAGACCAUUGGGACCGCCGUGGAGGGUCUGCAAGAUAUUGAACUCAUCGUUGCCAUCUUGAUGGACCUCGGUGAACGUCACUCGAUGUACGGCGCGAAACCAGAACACUUUUCGGCACUUUCUGAGGCGUUCAUGUACUCCCUCCGGAACGGACUAGCGCCGAAUGUAUUCAAUUCAGAAGUACAGGUCGCCUUUGGACACACCCUGACGGUCAUUCAAGAAACUAUGUCCAGUAAAAUGGGAAAUGAUUUUGACAAGAUUGAACCAAACGAGAAGGACUUGAAUGCGAACGAAGACGGCCCGAUAUCCACCCGAGACAAGAAACUCGUCCAGGGGUGCUGGAAGAUUGUACAAAAGGACCUCAUUAAUAUUGGUGCGGUGUUCUUCGUCAGGCUUUUAGAUCAGAACCAGUCAAUAAGAACUCUCUUCCCGUUCGGGAAGUCUCCACUACCGCCUCAGAUGCUGAAACGUAACCCGGACUUGAGGGCACACGGCCAGAACGUCAUGGAGACCAUAGGGGCUGCAGUCAGCGGGCUAGAUGAGCUAGGAGUGGUGGUGACCAUCUUAGAAGAACUUGGAAGCAGGCAUCGGAUGUACGGCGCUAAGCCCGAACACUUCAAGCCCGUUGUUGAAGCAUUGAUCUUCGCCUUGACGACCAGUCUUCCGAAGGAUGUCUUCACCUCCGAGGUUAAAGAGGCUUGGUUGUCUGUCUUGAAAGUAGUGAGCUCAUUAAUGGCCAAUCAGUUGGAGUGAAUAAGGUCACAUGCUCAAUCCGAGGUACAGGGAGCACCUCUUCGACGGUACACUCAUGAACACUAUUGGACGUAAAAUAAUUAAUGUGUAUACAACAUUUUAAUGAUUUACCUUUUAAACUUUCGUUUGUAUAUUAUGUCAACCUAUAUGUUUGCAUUUUCUGUUGAGUCAAAGUGAAGUUUGUUCAGGCCAAACGUCUACCUCUGAAUGGUACACAAAGGUAUGGGUAUAUUGAACCAAAGACCUUUGGUUUAACAUGCUAGGCGCUCUACCAACUGAGCUAUCUAGCCCUUUGUUUGCUGGCGCCCUAUGUUGUCAAAUGUGUGUCAGUCAUAAGCCAUGCAACCAUUAGCUGUCCAUUAGGGAUCACACACAUGUUAAACGAUACAACCUGGGAAGAUUUCAUGGGUGAGUUUAGUGAAAGUGGUCCACUUGUUUAAUUUGUGAUUUCAUUCUUGACGUGUGUAAAUAAUCCGUGCCGAAUGGGGCCAGUUUAACGUGUAGAUAAUGAUUACACGGGAAGUGUGAACUUAGUUUCUACCAUGGACACCUCAGUGUUCAGUGCAUGAAGUGAACUCAUCCCACCGUUUUAAAAAUCUGACAUUCGAAAACAAAAUGCACCCAAAUGUGCACACUCUUCUUGAAAUUACAACACUAAAAAAAAUUAUCUUUAUAAUAAACUGUAAAUAUUUGAAGGUUAUUGACCAGGAUCUCUGAGUCCAACUGGGUCAGGACAAAUUCAAAGUUAGUAUAACCGGACGUACUUUGACAUUGAAAGUUAAUCCGGAUCAAAAAUGAGUUUGGGGAACGAGUUUUGUAGUCGGAGUAUGAUCUGGAUGCAUUUAGUAUGCAGUCUGUUCCGGCUUUGUGACAUUAAACGGGGUUCCGGUAAGUUCCAACUCAAUGGUUCGGGUCAGUCUUAACUCGUUUAAGUGGAACCCAGCAUUCUUAGCUUACAUUGUUGGUUGUUGAAAACAAUGACGAGGAAUGACAUUGUAGCACGAGUUGUAAAAUAAUAAACAAAACAUUAAACAGCAUUUUUGUUUGAAAUAAUAUUUCCCUCUGAAUAAUCAAAUAAAUUGUAUUCUGAAAAAAAAAUUUUUUUUACAACUAACAAUUUCAGUUGUUUCGACCAAAUAAAGGACAAUGUGUAUGUGAAAAUGUGCAUAUUAUUUUAAGCUUUUUUUUAACACAUUUUAACAGGGAUGUAAUUUAAUGUAUGAUCACACAACACAUGCUAAAAAACAUGUCAUCUAAAUUCUGCACAAUAAACUUGUAAAUGGGUAUUAUAAUAUAAUAAUUAUAAUAAUUAUAUUCAAUUGUUUUAUAUCAGUAUAUAUAUAUAUAACAAGAGUAAUGAUUUUGUAUGUCCUUCCGUUAAGAACGGAUAUUAUAAUUAUGACAAUUUUCCUGAAAUAUUAUUCGUUUUACUAAACAUUUCUAAAUGUCGCUUUUACACGAAAAAUGUAUAACUGUUUUAAUGUUUCCUGUAAUAAAAUUAAAUAACUUUUUAGUUUUCACAUAAGGUAUAGAAAAUACAGUUUUUGAUGUACUAUACAGCAAAUGCUAUUUAUUUGAUAUCGUUAUCUAUAAGCAAGUAUAGGCCUAAUUCUGUCACAUACAAAUUUAUACCGUUGUUAGCUGUUGCAUUUGUACUGUUUUAGACUAAAUACUUUUAACAACGUUCAAUUUCAACAAUAUUUUUCAAUAACCAUUUUAUAUUAUUUCUAAUUAGUUUGUUGUGCUUAACUACUUUUGUAAGCAUCUCUGCGAAAUUGGGCCAAAGUUUACAUUUUUUUUUAUUGAGCCAACCUUUACAAAAAAAUUCUAAAGAAGUGCAGCCUAAAAUGCCUAUACAGCAGGUCAGCAUUCUCCUGGCUGAAGACAGGCAGAGUGGACUGGUCGAAACGUAUUUUUUUGCCAGAGCCAAGCACUCCUCCUGAAAUUGUACAUACCCACAAGAUACUCCAUAAUCAUAAGGGACUUGUCACAAUUCUUACAGGCAAUUCUACCGGCAAUGGUGACAACUGAUAGUCUAAUGAUGAUGAUUAGAAAACAUUCCUUGCAAUAUUUCUGUCUGAAAUGUCAUAUUAAUUGAUGAGAAAU